CGGAGCCUUCAGCCAUUGCCAUCCCUGGUGGCUGUCUGCCUCGCCAUGUCUGGGGGCUCCCUGGAGGAGCUCUUCCUGUACAAAGUGCCCUCUUUCACCAUGUGCAGAUUCUGGGACGUCAUGGACUCCCUGGAUGACUCCGUCUGGAAGAGAUUUGCCUCGAUGAUCAUUCCUGACCAGACCGAGCUGCGUUUGCUGGAGCAACAGGCGUCUCGGAGUCGUACAGAAGCGGUCACCUGGACAUGGAUCAACAAAAAUGCCCGUGUUGGGGAUCUGCUGUCGGUCCUACGUGCUCUGGAAUUGUUACGAGCAGUUGAUAUCUUUGAAAGUUGGUGGUCAGUGUGCGCUGCUCGUUUGUCCCCACAGCGAAAUGCUCCUCAAAGACGACAGCCAUCCCCACCUCCACCAUAUCCACAUCCUACCCCUGCUCCAGAACUCGACCACCGGCAUCCAGAAGAAAACAAACCGAUCCAAACAGAGAUUGGAACAUUGCCUGUCCCCUCCUCUGAACGCCUCCCUCUACCGCUUCCUGAGCCACCACCUAAACACCUCCUUACCAGCAGUACCUGCCCGUCCCAAUCCAUCAGCUCAGCGGGCAGCAGUAACAGCUCAGUUAGUAGCACCCGCUCGUCUGUGCAGGAAUCUAUUGGACCCAGUAGCAUUGUUGAGGUGUCCAAGCAAUUGGAGUGGAAUUUCAAUGAACUGGUUCAUGGUACAAAUCAUUUCUCCCCUUCCUUGUUGAUUGGAGAGGGUGGUUUCGGCUGCGUCUACAAAGCAACGUUGCGGAACACUGAAUACGCAGUCAAGCGGCUGAAACAGGACUCAGAGCUGGAAUGGAGCACUGUGAAGAAGAGCUUCCUCACGGAGAUUGAGAAGCUGACUUGUCUUCGUCACCCAAACAUCAUUGACCUGGCCGGGUACUGUGCACAUGGGGAAGAAUACUGCCUUAUUUAUCUCUACCUUCCAAAUGGCUCGCUGGAGGACAGACUACACGUCAAGGACAGCUUCCAGACACUUUCCUGGCAGAAACGGGUGAGCAUUCUGCAGGGUUCCGCCUGUGGCAUCCAGUUUUUGCACACUUACCAACCAACUAUCAUCCACGGAGAUGUCAAGAGCUCCAAUAUCCUCUUGGACCAAGCACUUACCCCCAAACUGGGAGACUUUGGGCUCGCCCGAUUCAGCCGAUACGCAAACGAUGCUGCCAAAAGCCGGACCUUGGCACGGACUAGCACUGUAAGGGGCACCCUAGCGUACCUACCAGAUGAAUAUGUGAAGAUGGGGAAGCUAACACGUGAGCUGGACACCUAUAGCUUUGGCGUGGUUUUACUCGAGGUUUUGACGGGGAGAAAAGCCAUGGAAUGUCAAGGCGGGUCUCAGACCAAGUACUUGAAGGAUUUAGUGAAGGAAGAGGAGAAUGAUUUGGAAGAGGGAGCUGGCAUUGACAAAGGCAACAAACUUUCUCACGUGGCAUCUCGUAUCUGCCAGCGGCACUUGGAUCACAGAGUAGGCCACUGCCCCGCAGAUAUUACAAAAGAGCUUUGUCUGCUGGCUUGUCGUUGUCUAGAAAGGCAGAAGAAGCGACCAAACAUGGUGGAGGUUUUCGACACUCUAAAGCGGUUGCACGGGCUUCUUCAGAAACUGGAACCAAGAAGAGGACAUGAAGUUGCCCCCCCUCAGUCUUCUUUCGCUGCCAUGCUUGAUCGGAUUCCACCAAUUCCUGACCUUGUGUCCAGCUUUCAAGCAGUGGUAAUAGGUCCUGAAGAGAACACAGCCAAAGUACCCACAGCAAAAGACAGUGUCCGGCCUUUCAGCAGCUCUGGCUUCCAGUAUGAAGCCAACCUUGACAGUUGUGUCCAUAUGUCUUCGUGUAAAAGCUUGAGAACUUUUCAGAGAGGUCAAAAUAUGCCUGUUGAAAGUGAUGAAAGUUUUCCUGACUCCUUCAUCUCUCACGGACACAGUCAUCUGAGUGUUGCCCGAACAAGCAGAGAGCAUUGUGGUAGCAGGUCACCUUCUGCAGCUUCACCGCACCGAACCUCAGCCCUCGAAGGACCGAGCCACUUACCACCCCUAAGUAACCUGGCUGGGCAGGAGUCACAAGCUAUUUCCAUGCCACAUCACCAGAUCAUCAUGAAUCCGGCCAAGCAAAGGAUUGUGGAACAGCUGGCACUGUACGAUCAGGGGAAAAUAAACAGCCUGGAGCUUCUCUCAUCUGGAAUCAGUCCAGGAUCACUGUCAGACACACGUGGCUACCCAGAAGAGAGCGAUGACUUUCCAAGUUAGCAGCAAAGCUUUAAACAUCUACUUUGGCACAAAGUUCUCAUUAAUGCAGGAGCUGUAACAAAAGACAUUACCAUUUGCUUGGAUCGCGGAAGGAAUCACCUGGAGACGCAAAGCAGAUGACGUCGGCACCACGGAGCUGUUCGGUUUUUGCAUCUUGAAUAAAUUUGUGUGAUUUGAACAGUAUUUCUGGGUCUCACAAAACACAACAGUAUUCCCGUCUUUUAUACUGUGUGCACCCACACACUAUAUUUCUUCCUUAUAGCUUAACUGCCACUGUACUGGCUUGUUUUAUAGUUUUUGUUACUAGAAGGCAGCUUGCUGCAUUAUAAUAUCAGACUAAUGGGAGAAUUGUUAUUUAUUUGACUGUCCUAAUACCAGCAUCACUAACAAAAUUCCCUUUUUUCAGCACAUUGUGUUAUGCUGGAGCUUGCUGUAAAUUAGUGGUACCCAACAUAUGGCUCUUGUUGUAACGGUUGGCAAGUAAAAUUCCCAUGAUCCUCCGAAACAUAAUGGCUAGCAGUUGUAUCACAAAGGAUUGUGGGAAUCAUAUUUCAGUGGCUUCUUCUACCGCAAGGUAGAUCAGAUUAAUCCUUACAGUAUAAACCAAUCCUAGUAAUAUUGCUUUUUCAUAUUUAUUCCAGUUUAACUUCUACUGUUAGUUUUGAUGUUUAAAAUACAUCACGAGUUACACAAGGGGUUCACAAAUGUUUGUAAAAUGUAUGUAUCCGAAUGUAAGAUCUAUUUAUUAUUUUAUUUUGUAUGAGCUAUGGUAGAGGCACAGCCGUAUUGAGCACUAAAAAAACAAACCUAAAACAACUAAAGUACCAGAUGUCUUGUAACCGGCCCCCCGUGAAUAUAUCAAAUUUUACGUUACGUUGUACAUCACGGGAAUAGAAUAAAUUGGACCUACUUUACCUUUCA